CGUCUGUUCAGCUUGACCUGUCGUCGACGGCACCUGAAAUGCGACGAAGAAAAACCCCGAUGUGGGCGUUGCCGACGAACCGGAAGAGAGUGCAUCCCAGACGCCCUGCUGACCUUUCGAAGUGCGCAAAGGGUGGCUGCUCGAGGGCAAGUCAGACGAAAAGGCAGCACAGCUGCUCUGCUCAGGGACAGUGACCACAGUUUUCAGGAGGAUCCAGAAAACAACAACAUCUUCGCAGAAGACCACCAAUGGCUUGCGACGCCGUCAAUGCUAACUUUUGUGGAUGAAACACCCAUUAUAACUGCAGAAUUUCGCCAUCAGCACAUACUUUGCCACUCACGAUGUCCAUCUGGAUCACCUGAGCGCAGAGAUCCUCUGUCUUCUGUCUCCCCCGGUUCCACACAACCCUUCCCAUUGGCAGCGCAGGGACGCACCUCACCACCAGCCAUCUCUCAAGGUUCUGCUGCCAUUCACAGCGCAGCCAGAUUGAGUUUCGGCGAACAUGAGAAUCCCUGCGACCUUUCGGGUCGUAAUUUGGGAGAAAUUGCCCUGCACCCUCUAACCACAUCGACGCCGGACUACUUUCAUCUAAUAUCUCCACACCAGUCCAUUUCCAGCAUCUCUCUCGCCUCUGCCCAUGGCAGCGAUCACGUCAGUGCGAUCGACCACACGGAUGACCGUUCUCAUGUUUCAUCUGAAAUGUUGAAUAGUCCAGAAGCACUUCAUCGCAAAGUAGGCCUCCUUCUCUACAAGGACCGGAUGCGGUUACCUUUUAAGGUUCCCCAAGAAGCCUUGCUUUUCCAUCAUUACAUGGAAGCUUUGGCAGCGUUGCUUGAUAUUACCGACAUCCAGCGACACUUUGCCGUCGAUGUGCCGGAACUUGCGCUUAGCUGUCCUGUGCUAUUAAAUUCCCUCAUGGCUUUUUCGGCUCGUCAUUUGAGCCGAACUUCAAGUUUUGACUCGGCAGUUGCUGAUCAUUACCAUCAUGAAUGUGUCUCUCUAAUCAUUCCAAUGCUGGAUCAAAAGGAUCUCGUCGCGGACGAAACUCUCUUCGCGGCAGCAGUCAUUCUCAGAGCAUUUGAGGAGACAAAUGAGUCGAAGAUGGGCGACGAGCCUGAACGGCAUCUCACUGGUACAUCGGUCUUUGCCAACGCCCAGCUUGAAUUUCGCACCUGGGGUGGCUUGGGCCAUGCUGCAUUCUGGGUUUUUGUGCGACAAGAUAUCUACAUGUCCUUGUUGAGCCAGAGGCCGCUCAAGGUGGACCUUACAGGAUGGGAGGAGCGCUUGUCUUUCGAUUUGGGAUUCGAUGCCACCACGGACUGCACAUGGGCCAAUCGGAUGACUUGGAUUGUGGCCGAGAUUGUGACUUUCUGUUUUGGCGAUCAGUUGAGCUAUAGCAACUGGGAGGCUGCCCGGGCCAAGACAGAGCGAUGGAACCUCACGCGACCAAAGUCGUUUGAUCCUGUUCUGUACAUCGAUCUUCGACUUUCGUUCUCUGUGUCCAUUGGCCACAAACGCUGGCUGUUGUAUAUUGAUUCCAUAUUUACUGAUCGCCAUUUUGUCGACUGCACAGUCACAGGCAUCCAAUACUAUUACAUUGCGAAACUGUUCCUCGCGGUGUACAAUCCAGUUGUGCCUCGAAUUGGGCUGGGAUACCAAAAGCACCGCAAAAGGACCUCCUAUGAAGUCCUUCAAAAUGCUGAGGCCGUGUGUGGGAUUGCCUUCGCAACAUCCCUGGUCGCGGUGCAGCUGACAGCGUGCACGGCUAUUAUCGCCUGCGGGCCAUGGUUUCAUGACCGGCCUCGAGCGGAGCAGGAACUACUGCUUCAAUUACUUCGACGGACGGAGAUAGAGAGUGCACGGCCCAUGGAAUCACUAAUUCAAGGAUUAAUGGAAGAAUGGGACUGGUGA